CCACAAUGGCGUCUGCUGAUCUGAGAGACGAGCUGAACUGCUCCAUCUGCCUGAACAUCUACACAGAUCCCGUCACCCUGAGGUGCGGACACAACUUCUGCCGGGGGUGCAUCGAUCUUGUGUUGAAUUCACAGAGGAGGUCAAGAGUUUAUAACUGCCCUGACUGCAGGCAAGUGUUCAAUCAGCGGCCAUCACUGUGCAGGAACGUUACUCUGAGAAGUAUAGUGAAGCAUUUCCAGCCUCCACCAGGACAAAAAGGAAAGGCCGGGGUUAUCUGCACCUAUUGUCUACACUGCCCGGUACCUGCUGUGAAGUCUUGUGUGUUGUGUGAAGCUUCUCUGUGUGGAAGACACCUGAAAGCCCACAACAAAUUGCCGGAACACGUCUUGAUUGAGCCCACCACUUCCUUGGAGAACAGAAAAUGCUCUACUCACAAGAAGAUCCUGGAGUAUUACUGCCUCAAAGAUCAGGUGUGCAUCUGUGUCUACUGUCGGGUUGAUGGAGACCACAAUGGCCACCAAGUUCAGUCUCUGGAUGAAGCCUCUGAAGAGAAGAAGAAGAAACUGACAAAGGUUCUGGAGACACUGACCUCGAAGAAGAAGGAGGCUGAGACAAAAUUCCAGAAUCUACAAGAACGCCUGAAAAAAGAAAAGGGCAAGGCAGCUAAGAUAAAAGGUAAAGUCAAGACUCUGUUCACAGACCUUAGAAAACAAUUGGAGGAUGUGGAGAGAAGGGUCCUCAGUGAGAUCUCUGGGCAGGAAAAGCAGGUAUCAGUCUUCAUCUUGGACCAGAUCCAACAGCUGGACAUAAAGAAGAAACAUCUGUCCAAUAAAAUGGGUAAAAUUGAGGAUCGCUGUAAGAUGACUGAUCCCAUAACUGUCUUACUAGACCCGAAAUGUGAAAACAAUUGGGUUCAAGAGGACCACAAUGAUCAGAAGGUUGAAGGUACAGCUGACCUAGAUGAGGACCUGAUCAAAAAGACCAUACAUGAACAAGUAUCUAAUGUGAUAGCCCAUAUCAACCCCUGGCUGUUUUUGCUGGACCCUGUGGACCUCUCGUUGGAUGUAUAUACAGCUGCUAAUAAUCUACGUAUAUCAGAAGACUUGAAGACUGCAUCGCUGACUUAUGUAGAAGAAGAACGGCCCCCUUGCCCAGAUUGGUGUCCGAGAAAUGAGGUUUUAAGCACCCAGUGCUUUUUAUCCAGGCGACAUUAUUGGGAAGUUGACAUCAGUAAACUGGGAAACUGGAGAUUGGGUGUGACCUACCCCUAUCGAAAUGGUGCCCAUGGGGCCUCCUGGACUUUGCGGAGGAAUUAUAACCAAUGUUUAGCUGUUCAUAAGAGUAGCAUUGUCCGUUUGUCCUAUAACUUAUGCUGUCAGAGGUUCGGGGUGUAUCUGGAUUACGAGGCCGGGCAGCUGUCCUUUUACCUUCUGGAUGACCCCAUUAGACAUCUGCACACCUUCACUGCCACCUUUACUGAGCCAGUCCAUGCUUUAUUCUGGAUAAAUAAUGAAGACUGCGCUGCUUGGGUCAAAAUCAAAAGCUGAAGGACCUACCUGUAGGUCUCUUGAAGGUCACUGAAGCUUCACCUCUAAUGGUUAUCUGUUAUCUGAUUGUCCCCACUUGUAAAGGAAGCCAUUCCAGUAAUAACCUAUCUGAUAAUGUAACCAGAGCCGAUGAUGUCCUGUGCGGUACCUCAUAGUCCACAAUGGCGUCUGCUGAUCUGAGAGACGAGCUGAUCUGCUCCAUCUGCCUGAACGUCUACAC